AUGAGUCAGCUGGAGGCUGGAGGCUCUCCAGGGUUCAAGAUUCUCAUGGGAGCUGCAGCCUCCAUAAACACCUGCAGCAGAAGGAACCCUGGGGCAGAAUGGUGUGGAGGGCAGGCUUACAACCCCGAAGAAGCCACUUGCUGUGAAGUAGAAGAGGGAGACACCAAAACAGCUGUUACAGAGGGUCUAAGUGCACAGGUGUCAUCGUGCUGUGGACUGAAGGCAUACGACAAACUUAAUGAAAUAUGCUGUGAUUCAAUCCUUGUGGCCAAAUCUGCACCGAAUGCCAAGUGCUGUGGGCAAAAGGCGUUUAAUGAAGACACAGAGUUGUGUUGUGGUCCAAUCGGUGACAAGGUGAUCCUGCAGAAACAAUCCAGGGACCACUUCUGCUGUGGACAUAACCAGUUCAACACUAACACUGAGUGCUGCUGUGUGCCGGAGGAGAGUCCUGAGAUACACCCCAGACAGUCCAGCUGCUGCGUGGACGAGUCAGCUGUCUGUGGAACGAAGACCUACAACACACUCAACGAGCUAUGCUGUCAGUCAACUGUUGUUGUCAAAUCUGCACCGAAUGCCAAAUGCUGCGAUCAAAAGGCGUUUAAUGAAGACACAGAGUUGUGUUGUGGUCCAAUCGGUAACAAGGUGAUCCUGCAGAAACAAUCCAGGGACCACCUCUGCUGUGGACAUAACCAGUUCAACACUAACACUGAGUGCUGCUGUGUGCCGGAGGAGAGUCCUGAGAUUCACCCCAGACAGUCCAGCUGCUGCGUGGACGAGUCAGGUGAGCCUGUCUAA